AUGGCUUCCGUCGGAUCCGUUACACGUCAGAUUGCCGCAAUGGAAAUCUCAUCCAAAAAGCCAACGCCCGCCUCCGGAUCCUCCAUAAGACCUGCACUCACCAAGCAACCCAGUGGGCAGAACGUUACGAAGCUCCUCACCAAAUACGCCGCACCCAACCCCUUCACUAAUGCCUCCAACAAGCCCAACAAUCCCUCUUCCCUGCGACACCCCAUACCCCACAGCACGCACUCAUCAACAUCUACGAAACCCACCCAUGCCACUCAAUCUUCCAUCGAUAUCGGACGGUAUGACGGCGGUCUUGAGCUCGACAACGAGAAGCGAGGAGAGAAAGUUUAUGGAGAGGCGGCGGAGGAGCUGGCCCUCGACUCCAGUGUAUCGAGGAAACAUCCCACGCGUGAAUGGAGUCUGCACGACUUCGACAUGGGCCGUCCACUGGGCAAGGGCAAAUUCGGACGAGUGUACAUGGUCCGCACGAAGUCCGAGCCGAGAUACAUCCUCGCCCUGAAGACACUCUACAAAUCCGAGAUCGUCCAGUCCAAAGUCGAGAAGCAAAUCCGUCGCGAAAUCGAGAUACAGCAGAACCUGCGGCACCCGAACGUCCUCCGCCUGUACGGAUACUUCCACGACGAGAAGCGGAUCUUUCUGAUGCUCGAGUUUGCGGGGAAAGGAGAGCUAUACAAGCAGCUGUCGAAGUACGGCCGAUUCUCUGAGCGCCGCAGCUCGAGGUACAUCGAGCAGAUGGCGGAUGCGUUGAUCUACUUGCAUGGCAAGCAUGUUAUUCAUCGCGACAUCAAACCCGAGAACUUACUACUGGGUAUCAAUGGAGAGCUGAAGAUCGGCGACUUUGGAUGGAGUGUACAUGCCCCUGGGAAUAGGAGGAUGACGCUCUGUGGAACACUGGACUACCUCCCACCUGAGAUGGUCGAGGGCAGAGAGCAUAACGAGAAAGUCGAUUAUUGGGCACUUGGGGUUUUGACGUACGAGUUCGUCAACGGCUUCCCGCCGUUUGAGGAUAGGAGUAGUGUCAACAAUACCUAUCGCCGUAUCGCCCGGGUCGACCUCAAGUUUGAGGAGAAGGACAUUCGCCUGUCAGAAGAAUUCAAGGACUUGGUCACAAAGCUGCUCCGUUAUGAUCCCCAGAAACGUCUGCCGCUGACCGAAGUCUUGAAACACCCCUGGAUUGUCAAGUAUCGGCCAAAGGACGUCGUCAGAGAAAGCGCAUAA